GGUUCGAUCAGAAUGAUUUACGACAUAGCAAGUAAUCGAAUUCAUACGAAAACAAGGUUUAAUCAACUUGCAUCUAAGCAAAUUAAGACAGGGAUCAAUUUUCUGUAGAGUCGGAAUAAAAAGGGAUGUUUCCUUCGAGAAGAGAUGCUCAUCAUUAUUUUUUGAUGGAAUACGUUUAAGGUUUUAAAUUUUAUAUAUAAAAGAAGCAUUUUUCUAACUUGUUACAAUUAUAAAACAUUUAUGUUGGCGCUGCGAAUAUCUUAAUAUUAGAUUACAUAAUUGGAUUGAAUGACUAUUUUGUGUAAAAGUAUUUACUUUGAAAGAUAAGAAAAUAAAUUCGUUUCUCUUAAUUUUGACAAGUGCUUAAAAUAGUUUCCAAUUUCUGCAGUGUUAUCUGGUUUUCAAAAGUAACCACUGGUACGCAGGUAGACAAACACAUUUUGCAUUGUUUGUGAGGACAAGAACACUUGAGAAACAAUAAUUCUUAAAUAAUCGCAGCUAGAACUAGGACGGUACGAAAAUUGAGAGGGUGAAUAAACAUUGACAAUAUAUUGUGAUUUGACACCAACUCUGAUAAUAGACUGUCUUCGUAAAGUAUGGACAGAAAUCAGUCUAUUUGUUGGGAGUACUAAUUUUCUUAAAUACGUACUGUUAUUCAUCUACUUGAAAGCAAUUAAAUUAUUGUAUUUUUCUUUUAAAAAGUCGUGCCUUCUCGAGCGAAAAUUACUUAAAAGAAGACGAAGAUUUAUAAAUGUUGCUCUGCAGAUUCACGUGCUCUGAAUUAUAAAUGGUUGCAUAGACUCGAAAAAAGUCGUAAAUAGAAGAGAAAUAAAUAAACCUCCACAACUGAAGAGUUAAAAUGACUUCCGGUAAACUUGAUGCUGAAUAUAAUUGUAUGAGGCGCCGGAUGAGCAGGGCACGAGGCAAAGUUGGAAAAGGACCAUCGUUUGAAGCUGAAGAUGCGCCAAACCCGGACGAAGGAGGUUUCAAGGAUUUAAUUAAGUUUUGGAAGAAGCACGGGAUUCCUAUACCCAAAGAUUUAAUCUCAGAUAUGGCGGAUGAAAAUGUAAAACGAGCGAAGGCAAAAGGUCAAGGACGUAGACGAUCCAGAGAAUUAGAAGAUCUGCACAUGUGUGCUUCAACAGGAAAGUUUGACCUUGAGAAGUUAAACGAAAAUGACGAAGAAGAAUAUAACAAAAUCGGCGAGUUAAAGAUUUCUGAAAAUAAGGCACAAGCCACUAAAAAGCCAUUGGCGCGCCGACAAACUGAUUCGCAAAUUGGCGCGAAAACGAGAGGAGGAUCUUUGAAGAAGACAGGGUCAAGGCCAACAAUGAACGGUGUACUUAGUCCCACAAUUCAAAAGAAACCUAUUGCACGGUCAGUUUCAAACAAUAAAUGAAAGAAAACUAAAUGUUUUCGACUCCAGGUUGCAAACACUGCUGUGAUAUUAUAAAUUCUCCGUCCAAAGAGGGGAUUUAAAAGUUCUAUAAGUCUCUGAACUUUUUUUGUUUAUAUCUUACUAGACAGUGUUCAUCAUCCGUUCAAAAAGGUGUUACAAAUAGCAUCUUUGAAUUUGCAAUUUCUGUUUGUGUUUAUAUAUAAUAUCAUACAAAGCCAUUUUAGGCAGAAAGAUAUAACUAGUGUUUACAGUGUGGAACCGCCCUAAACUGAGCCCUCGGCAAACUGACUGCAAGUUCUUAGGCGUUGAUCUGAAAUUGCAGUUAUUACUUGCAUUGUACAUGUAUACUCUUGUUUGCAAUUUGGGAUAGGGAACGUAGGCUCUGUGAUUUAAACUGAAACAGUUGACCGUUGGUGUCUUCAUGAUUUCACACGUCAUAAUGUGAAACGUGAAAUCGUGAAAUAUGAAAUUAUAUCACAAUUUCGUACUUCACAAUUUCUCGAUUUUUUUUUUAUUUUCUAAAAAUGUGAAAUUGUGAAGUUUGAAAUCGUAAAGUAUGAAAUCAGGAAGUUCAGGAUUUCACACCGAUGAUUUUUUUUAAAUUUCAACAAUCAUGAAAUCGUGAAGAUUAUAAUUUCAUACUACACGAUUUCAACUUUAAUGGAAAAAAUGUGAAGUAGUGAAGUGCGAAAUUGUGAAAUUCAUGACUUUUUAUUUCACAAUAUCAAGUUUUAGAUCAUCUAAAUUGUAAAGUGUGAACUCAAGAAAGGUCAGCAUUAAUUCUCCCGCAUUGAGUGUACGCGCACAUUGAAUGUACACUGUUAAACCUAUGUUUCAGUAUAUCGUACACACAACACGUGCGUACAUCCAGUAGGGGCGAUUUAAUGAUGGCGAAUCAUGAAAGACACCACUGGUAAUGAUUCUGCUAAUUCAUACCACUGUAUUGACUUUUAGUGUUAUCACCUUUUUACAAUUAGUUUAAUAAGAGUUCUACUCAGUAGUUGUACCACUAGCAACCUUUAUGUAGAUACUUUCCUUUUUAGGGGUAGAACUGGGCUCAGAUUGUUAGAUGAAAUGCUAAUAUUCUUUCGCAAACAACAACAAAAAAUAAUCAGUUUCUAUAAAGUAGGAACCAUCUGUCAGAACGAGACAUAGAACAUAGAACUACGUAUAUUUUUAUUACAUGCAUAUAUAUAUACUUUCUUUGUACAAGUUCUUUCACGUGUAUUUUUAUGGUGUGUACAGUAUAUCAUAUUUGCAAUAUUGAGUAUAUUAAUUAAAUAUUAAUGUUGUUUGUCUAUGAAUAAAUCUUAUUUACAUAUGUAUAUAAUAAAAUCUUAUUAAAAUCAUUUAUUAAUAAAUUACAUGUCGAUUUGACAA